CGGAACGCGCGCUCCUCCCGACGCGUGACGUCAUCACGCCAGCGCCGCGCGCGGACGCCCUUGUGAGGGGGGGAGGGGAUGGCGGGACGCCUGGCCGAUGCCCUGCGCUCCCUGUGGGCCAAGGAGCCGGUGAUCGCCGCCAGCUUCGGCAUCGCCGCCGUGGCGUUGCUGUCGCCGCUGCUGAGCCCCUACACCAAAUAUUCGGGGAUGAUCAACCAGGCCACACCCUACACCUAUCCUGUUCCCGUGCGGGACGACGGCUCCGUCCCCGACGUCCCCUCGCAGCCCUGGGACAAGGGCCCAACCCUGCAGUGGCUCAAGGACCUGUGAGGGACCCAAAAACCC